AUGGCCGAAGGAGGCGUAAACGAAGACGAUGUCGCAAAAAUGCUGCAAGAAAUCUAUCAAGAAGCGGGCAAAGAAAUGGACGAAGCCACGAUGCAGAUGAUGCAACGAAUCAACCGUCAAGCCCAUAAAGAAAGAAAUGAAGAAUCAAAAAGGCCUUCGGACUAUGGAUUUGAAACGGAUCAGAUUCGAGAAGUGAAAGGUCCAAGUCUUAUUCCCGGGAUUCGAGAAGUCCUCACUCAACAUCGCGGUCCCAAUCACCUGGGGGCUCGAGAAGCUAUUACUCGCAAUCACCCUCAAAAUCACCUGGGGGUUCGAGAAGUUAUUCGGGUAGCAGAUCCUAUUCACGUAGAGGAUCACAUUCAGGUAGCCGAUCAUAUUCAGGUAGCCGAUCAUAUUCAGGUAGGGGAUCACGUUCAAACAGCCGAUCAUAUUCAGGUUCCAGAUCACGUUCAGACAGUCGAUCAUACUCAGGUUCCAGGUCACGUUCAGGUAGCAGAUCGCGCUCAGGCAGCAGAUCACGUUCAGGUAGCGGAUCACGUUCACGUUCAGGUAGCGGAUCACGUUCACGUUCAGGUAGCAGAUCAUAUUCAGGUAGCCGAUCACAUUCGAGAAGCAGGAGGUCCUCCGAACGGUCGGUUUUGCCUGGAGGUUCACGAAGGGGAUUCUCGGAGUCACUACUCCCAAGAACUAUCAACGGUGGACCAAGAGCAAGCAUCAUCACCAUCGCUAAAUUCCAAGCCCGAGCUAGCUGAUGACGACUCAUACCAUUCGUCUGAGUCUGAUGGCGGAAAUGGAAGGUGCACCUUCGCAGUUUGCGCAGUAGUCCUCUGUCUCCUAAUAGGCGCUGGCCUGGGGAUUGGUUUCGGAGUUGCCGCUGCAAACAAAGGGCCUUCAACGCAGGGCGUUGCUCCCCCGGCCAAUGUGAAAGACUACAAGGAGUAUACUGUCUACGGAACGGCUCUAAUUAAGUACAAUUCUACUGUGGUUUCAAGUGAGCAAGAGUGUUUUGAGUUCUGUGCACCCUUCGAUGCCUUCAGCUUUCAACGACCGGACGUUUGUACCUGCUUUGAUAAUCCUACCUGUUGGUUGGAGUGGGGAGAGAACGUGGAUACCACACUCUUUUCUGGCAACGUCUAUAGCAAAACUCCUCUCGAUUUUUGCGAGUUUGACUACUGCGACGUCUAUACUGAAGAUGGACUCUGCUUUACAGGCAAUGAAGAAGACUGUCGGCUUUAUGCAUUGUAUGGACCGUCCUUGUAUCAAAUGGCAGCGGGUCAAACACCGGGAAGCCUGGAAGACUGCUUGGAUUUGUGCGCUCCUUACGAUGCGGCAGCCUUUGGAAACUUUACCGAUUGUUCAUGUUAUAACAAUGUCCAAUGUAAACUAAGAUGGGGCGAUGAAAUUGAUUCCGAGAACUUCAUUGGGACAAUCUACACGAAACGAAGUUUACAAGAGUGUGACGAAGACUACUGUGCUACAGUUGGAAACGAUGGACUAUGCUUUACGGGAAAUACCCAGUCCUACAGCAGCUAUUCUUUGUUCGGCAAUAAUUUGGAGGAAACGGCAGCGAGCAACGAUGUGAACAACGAAGAGGAAUGCCACGUAUUUUGCAAGGAAUACGAUUCCGCUCAGUUUCUCAACUUUCAAGACCCAAAGUGCAAGUGUUACAAUGGCGCAGAAUGCUGGUUGGCCUGGCCCCCAGAUGUGACAACCAGUACUGUCGAAUAUACAGGCGAUGUGUAUAGCGAUAAGGAACUCCAAUUCUGUGGCUUUGACUACUGCGAUCAGUUUCCAGACGGGGAAUUAUGUACCGGUACUGGUACUCCUGUUGGGAAUAGUACAGUUGCAGUUGGGAAUAAUACACAAUAG